AUGGAGAGGCUUUCUCAUGACUUAAACCUGGCAUUAGAAGAGAGUAAUUGUGGCAGGCAGGAGCGUCGCAAAAUUGGCCUUCGAAGACGGACCAGAUCUGCGGGGAACCUGCCUGCCGCAGUGUCAGUAAGCUUGGUAGAAGAUGGGAGCUCAAGUAGUCCACCGCAAGCACCCCUCAUCACACAACCAUUAUCUGAUUCUGAUGAUCCUCAAUUAAAUAUACAUAAGUCUACAAAUUUGAAAUCUCGACAUUACUGUCAGAUUGGAAAUUUUGAAUCGGACUCUUUCAAUGAAAACUUUUCACCAACUCGGCCCGCCAAUGCUAGAAGGAAGAGAAAGUAUAAAAAAAUGCCAGUUGAAUAUCCAGAUGGAAAAAGAUCCCCACCAAUUGAAAUAUUGAGUGUUACCACUGAGCCGAAUGCCCUGCCAGUUACGAUUACUCUACAGACGCAGAGUGUUCCACCGUCACUACACGGUAGCAAACAAAAACAAGAAAGAAAUGCCUUUUGCGGUAAACGAAAGUGGUCACAUAGAGAUAAAGGCGAUGGUUGUGAGAUGAGAGAGAGAUCCUUCAGUGGCGGCUGUUCAUCGAAAUCGGCGUACUUCAAAAACGAUUUUAAAUCCAAGAAACACGAUAACGAAAAAAAGAAAAAAGAUUCAGUGUUACAACCCGGCAAAAUUGUGCUCAAAAGUCAUAAUAUUGAAGAAGAAAAGCCUUCGUCGUUCUCUAACUCGCCUUCUUUACCCGGCAGUUCUAGCUUUAACUUUGUUUAUAAGAACUUAUCCAAAAACGGUACAUUGACUCUAUCUAAACUCACCGGUUACAGAAUAGCAACAGACUUGCCGCCGUUCUUCAAUGCAACAACUAGUGCUGGUAAAAAUUUUGACGGAAAAUAUCAGAGGAAGAUAAAAAUGCUAAACAAAAGUCAUCCACCGCCCAAUCUUUUAAGGAAUCCACUGCAAUUCGACGAAUCUAUCAGUGGUAUGGACUGUGGGAACGAAAGCAGUUCUCUCAGCAGUAGUGAUUCGGACGGAGUUAUCACAAAUGAUAGCGACAGAGAAGGAGACGACGAGCUAACAGAUUGGCCUGGUAUAGAAGAAUUGAAGGUUUUCAACAAGAGCCUCACGUUUAAAUCGUCGAAAUCCGUAAACAAUAAUUGUACCAAAUCAGUCAGUAACAUGCCACCGCCAAAAAGGUUGAAGAAGGAAAAGUUGCUCGUUAAAAGUGGUUGGGCAAGUUGUAAGAAUAGAUAUAAGAAGAAAAGGGCUAAAGUCGAUUCGGGGAAUGAUGAUGAUGCAAUGGUAUCUGAUUCGAAGACCGUGAUCGAUGUAGAAGACGAACUUUUGAAGGAGAAAGGCAUCUUACCACAUUCCUCGCUAUCCACAUUCAGUGAUAUUAUUAACGCAGGAGCGUCCGGACAAAAUGCUGACGAGACGUUUUUUCAUUCCUUUCAAGCGUUUCAAGAGAAGUCUGAGAAGAAGGAGAAAUUUAAUCAAACGCCCCGCACGAAUUUCACUCUGCAGAAAACAUCGUCGAGUGAUCUGAAUUUUAGCGAGAAAUCGCCUCAAAGCGAUCAUUAUUGUAGUGAACAUUCAAUGGGAAAUACGGGUGUAGGUGAAGUGAGGGAAAUAAGGGCUGGCUGUAGACGAAUACGCGAGGAACGACCGGGCUUUCUUAUCUUGAGUGCGGCAAAUGAGCAACUGUCCAAGUUCUUACAAGACUCGUGUCAAACUGAGCUGAAGUUGCCAAGUUUCCAAGACCCGGUGGAGAAGGAAAAGCUAGAGUCUUUGGCCAAGUUAUAUUCCUUGGAGCUGCAAGUGGAGAUGGGACGUCCUAUUCUAAGGAAGACAUGUAACACAACACAAGCAAUACAAGUAGAGAACAGUUCCUACAGGUACAUGCCGUCGGAUCACAAGAGGAGAUGCUACGGUGAAGAUGCAGACUCCACUUUGAGUCUAAGCGACCAGAACUCGGUGAACUCUGGCAACGAACUAGACAACUGCAUUCCAGAGGCCAAGUUAGAUUUGACCCAAGAAUUUACAGAUUCUUUCGCAUAUGCCCAAGUUGAUAAGAAUUUGUUACAUCCCGGCGAUUUGGAC